AUGAGUUUUUAAACAUAAAAAAAGACAACAGAUUCAAAAAAAGAAGAAUACAGAAAAUAUUUAGAAAAAGCAGGAGUUGUUGAUUAAUUGACAAGAGUUUUAGUUGGAUUAUAUGAAGAACCUAAUAAACCAGGCAAUGCAAUUGAUUAUAUUAAAAAAUAUUUGGGAUCACCUACUGAUAUUGAUGUUGAACGAUUAUAAGUUGAAUAUGAAAAACUUAAAGACGAAAAUUCUAGGCUUAAAAAAUAAGUUGAAGAUCUAAGAAAAGAAUUAGAAACUUUAAAACCAGAAGAUAAUUGA